CUAUGCUCUGAGCGGGGUAGGGAGCCCUUACGAACGCUUGAGCCUUCCGGAAGUUUUCCACCUAGGGCUGUCACGGUAUUUUUAAACUCUUGCACUCGAGUCACUACUUAAGCUCCUCCAGGAAUGGGUGCAGCUCCCCUUUGUGCCUUCGGCCUUCUUGUCACAUUUGCCACAACAUCCCCCCAGGUAUGCAAUGGUACAGCCCAGCUUCAGAUUGGGCACCAAAUUAGGACAAGCCGAAGUGGACGAGCCCUUCGUUUCUUCCGGUUCUGUGCUCCCAUCCUUUCUCUCGCCCCUCCUACCCGCAGCUCCUGGGGCUCGGCGGGGCUAACUGCAGCGCGGAGACCUCGGCCGCCAAGCCCCGCCUCCCGCCCCUGGCUGUGCCCUGGGGUUCGCAUGAGGCCGACCACCCGCACCCUACCUCUGGCGGGCUUGCUCGAGGCCCACCUUCUCCCCACCCCCGGCAAACUCCAGUAGGCUCGCCCUCGCUGACUCCCCGCCCCCGCGUCAACUGCAAGGGGCCCGCCCAUAGCCAGUUCCGGGGCGGUUGCUCACGUCGACCGGAACUCCCCGCCCCCUCCCGCGGCCCCGGGGCCGUAGGAGGCCGCAGUGAGGAGGUAGAGGGGGCGGGGGUCGCGCUAGGGUGUCCCUAGAGAACGAGGACUCUGAAGGCGGGACAUUUGGGCGACCCCCGGGCGGGGCCACCCAUUAAACAGUCUCACUUCUUCUGUGCCAGACACUGAACUGGGCUUUUGACGGGCAUCAUCUCUUAAUCCUCAGAACAUCCCAGGGAGCUCCACAGGAUCCCCAUAUCCUGGGCCAUGAGUGAGUUGAAAGACUGCCCCUUGCAGUUCCACGACUUCAAGUCUGUGGAUCACCUGAAGGUCUGUCCCCGCUACACGGCAGUGCUGGCGCGCUCCGAGGAUGAUGGCAUCGGCAUCGAGGAGCUGGACACCCUGCAGCUGGAGCUGGAGACCCUGCUGUCUUCUGCCAGCCGGCGCCUGCGUGUGCUUGAGGCCGAAACCCAGAUCCUCACCGACUGGCAGGAUAAGAAGGGUGACCGACGAUUCCUGAAGCUGGGUCGAGACCAUGAACUUGGAGCUCCCCCCAAACAUGGGAAGCCCAAGAAGCAGAAACUGGAAGGGAAGGCAGGACAUGGGCCGGGCCCUGGCCCAGGACGGCCCAAAUCCAAAAACCUUCAGCCCAAGAUCCAGGAAUAUGAAUUCACUGAUGACCCUAUCGACGUGCCACGGAUCCCCAAAAAUGAUGCCCCCAACAGGUUCUGGGCUUCAGUGGAGCCCUACUGUGCUGACAUCACCAGCGAGGAGGUCCGCACACUUGAGGAGCUACUGAAGCCCCCAGAAGAUGAGGCUGAGCAUUACAAGAUCCCACCCUUGGGGAAGCACUACUCCCAGCGCUGGGCCCAGGAGGACCUGCUGGAGGAGCAGAAGGAUGGGGCCCGGGCAGCUGCCGUGGCUGACAAGAAGAAAGGCCUCAUGGGGCCACUGACCGAACUGGACACUAAAGAUGUGGAUGCCCUGCUGAAGAAGUCUGAGGCCCAGCAUGAACAGCCGGAAGAUGGAUGCCCCUUUGGUGCCCUGACGCAGCGCCUCCUGCAGGCCCUGGUGGAGGAAAAUAUUAUUUCCCCUAUGGAGGAUUCUCCUAUUCCUGACAUGUCUGGGAAAGAAUCAGGGGCUGACGGGGCAAGCACCUCCCCUCGCAAUCAGAACAAGCCCUUCAGUGUGCCGCAUACUAAGUCCCUGGAGAGCCGCAUCAAGGAGGAGCUAAUUGCCCAGGGCCUUUUGGAGUCUGAGGACCGCCCCGCAGAGGACUCCGAGGAUGAAGUUCUUGCUGAGCUGCGCAAACGGCAGGCUGAGCUGAAGGCACUUAGUGCCCACAACCGCACCAAGAAGCACGACCUGCUGAGGCUAGCAAAGGAGGAGGUGAGCCGGCAGGAGCUGAGGCAGCGGGUGCGCAUGGCUGACAACGAGGUCAUGGACGCCUUUCGCAAGAUCAUGGCUGCCCGGCAGAAGAAGCGGACUCCCACCAAGAAAGAAAAGGACCAGGCUUGGAAGACUCUGAAGGAGCGUGAGAGCAUCCUGAAGCUGCUGGAUGGGUAGCCCUCACCCCUGCCUCAGGCUGAUUAUCUGGCCUGGGGAGGGGAAGGGAGGCCCACUUCCUUCUUUGGGCACAGGAAACAUUGGCCUGUGGCUGUCCCUCAAAUGGCGGCAGUCUCUAGAGGACCGUGGCCCUUCCCCUGAGGUCUUUUGGCCUAGCUCUGUACAGCCAGAACACAGGAAGCCCUGCUGGGCUGGCCUGAGGCCUAGUCUCUGCUUGGUCCCCAGGAUGGGGUUGGAGGGGACUUCGUUUCUGGGUCUUCCUCUUCCCCCUCUUUACCAUCCCCCACUCCCUAAUCCCCUACCCGUCUCCCCUUCAAGGACUUCUCCCUUGUGGUUUUGUAAAGUGCAAACUUAAGAAUAAAGUGACUGCUGUGGUUUUUCAAAAAAAGCA